UAAAGGAUGGCAUACCACUUAGCAUUGUUCUCUUCAAUGAUGCUUUUACUAGCAAUGGGUACCCAUGCUGGGGGCAUUGCUAUCUACUGGGGUCAAAAUGGGGGCGAGGGCACCUUGGCUGAAACCUGCUCAACUGGGAACUACGAUUAUGUCAACCUUGCGUUUCUUCCAACGUUUGGAAAUGGUCAGACACCAAUGAUAAAUCUUGCAGGUCAUUGCGAUCCAUACAGCAAUGGGUGCACCAGUCUAAGCACCGACAUUAAAUCAUGUCAAGCGAAAGGCAUAAAGGUGAUGCUGACUAUUGGAGGUGCAGCCGGGAGCUACUACCUCACAUCUGCUGCAGAUGCCAAAGAAGUUGCCACCUAUCUAUGGAAUAACUUCUUAGGUGGCAAAUCAUCCACCCGUCCACUUGGUGAAGCCGUUUUAGAUGGAAUCGAUUUUGACAUUGAAGGAGGAACUACCCAACACUGGGAUGACCUGGCCCGAUAUCUUUCUGGAUACAGCAGUCAAAGCAAGAAAGUAUACUUAACUGCAGCUCCCCAGUGCCCUUUCCCAGAUGCAUAUGUUGGAACAGCCCUUAAAACAGGUCUUUUUGAUAAUGUUUGGGUGCAAUUCUACAAUAACGCUCCUUGCGAGUACUCUGGAGGUAUGACAAAUCUUGAAGACUCUUGGAAACAGUGGACUUCUGAGAUACCAGCAACCAAGAUUUUCUUGGGCUUACCAGCAUCACCUACAGCUGCCGGGAGUGGAUAUAUCCCUGUUGGUGACCUUACUUCCCAAGUCCUUCCGGGUAUCAAAGGUUCAGCAAAAUAUGGAGGAGUUAUGUUGUGGGAUAAAUACCAUGAUAAUCAAACUGGAUACAGUUCUUCCAUCAAGAGCCAUGUCUAG